AUUUAUUUAUUAUAAUUUUAUUCAUUUUAUUUUAAUUUUAUAAAAAAUUCGUGUUGGUUUGUUAUGUUUGAUUCAAAGUGAACCCACCAUAAAUCAAAAAGACACUUUUUAUACAUAAAAUUAUGGGGCAAGAUACGACAUUAAACUUAAUCACAGAAAAUGAAUACAUAGGUGCCGAUAGUACACCUUUAGCACCGCCAAGAUCAAUUGGGUUAAUUUCAUUAAUAUCUAUAGGUUUCUUUUUAGUAUCUGGAGGACCUUUUGGUAUUGAAGGUAGUGUUAGUUCAGGUAGUUAUGUAUAUGUACUUUUAACAUUUAUAUUAUUACCAAUAUUUUGGUGUAUUCCUUUGGGUUUAAUUACAGCAGAGUUAUCGCUAAUGGUAAAUAAGGAUGGUGGUUGUUCAGUUUGGGCAGAAAAAGCAUUUGGUGAAUAUUUUAGUUUAAGUUUAGGUUUAUUUAGUUGGUUUGCAACCAUGGUAGAUUUAAGUUUAUAUCCAUUAUUAUUUGUACAGUAUUAUUCAAGUAGUUUUACAGGUUCAAAAGAUGCAAGUUCAGAUUGGGCAGGUGGUAUUGAACAGUGUCAACAUUGUCGUUUAUUAAUGGCAUUUGCAGUAAUUAUUAUCAUUGUAUUAAUGAAUUGUUGGGGUGCUGAACAAGUUGGCAUUUUUAGUACAAUUCUUUCAAUUACACUCUUAUCACCAUUCAUCAUUAUGGUUGCAAUGGGUAUUGGUCAUGUCAAUUUAGGUCAAGUUUUAUCUGUAGAUGGAGGUAUGAGAUCAUUUAAAGAGGUUCAGUGGGGCACGCUUAUAGUUACAGUAGUUUGGAGUUAUUCAGGUUUUGAUGCAUUUGGUCAAUUAGCAGGUGAAAUUAAAAAUCCAAAAAGAAAUUAUCCAAUUGGUGUAGUUGCAGUUAUGGUCGUUACUAUUCUCGUUUAUAUUUUACCUUUGCUUGUUGGUAUGCAAUACGAAAAAGAUUAUAAAAACUGGUAUGACGGCGAAUUCUCAGAUGUCGCAUCAAAGGUAGGUGGACAAUGGUUAAACAUUUUAAUGUGUGUCGGUGGUAUGGCAAGUAGUCUCGGUUUAUUCCAAGCAAAUCUUUGCACCAGUUCCCGUAAUCUUUACUCUCUCUCAUUAAGAGGAUACGUACCAAAUUUUUUCUCAAAACUUUUACCACGUCGUGAAACUCCAUUCAUUGCAAUCAUUACAAAUGCUGUCGUUGUUGGUUUGUUAACUCUUAUGCCAUUCCAAGCCAUCUUAAAUUUGGAUAUGUCCAUUUACAGUAUCGUAGCCGCUUUAGAAUGUAUCAUCUACAUUAAACUUUACAUCUGGAACCCAGAUUACGAUAGACCAUAUAAAGCUAUCAACACAAGAUGGUUACUACCAUUCAUGGCCACACCCAUGAUUUUUACUGGUUUAAUUUUAAUUUUAGCUCCAUGGGAUAAUCAAUGGAAAACUAUGGUUGCAGUAGCUUUUAACCUUGCCAUCGUAUUAUCAAGAUAUAUAUUAAACAGAUAUAGAGCAAGAAAAACAAAGAAAAAUAAUGAAUCUCUAGAUUAUGAACAAGAAUCAUUUAUUAAAAAAUAUUCAAUCAAUUAAAGUUUUUUUUUUUUUUUCUAUCAAUUAUAAAA